GUAACGUAAAGCAGAUUAGUUGAGAAAGCCAAAUUUAUCACAGAUGAUGAAAGUAUAUACAAUUAUUCAUAUAGAGAGACUAUCUACACAGUAAAACAUAGAUAAUGGUAUUAUACUAAUAUGUCACAACAAUGUUCCUUCAAAAAUAAUUCUCCCUGUGGUAGCUCCCAAUAUUAUGCUUCAUCUGAGGAGGUCAUACACAUUUUGAAAUGUGAGAAGCCAGUAUCACAGCAUCUUCGUGGGUUAUCCUGUGAUACAGAUUUACAGAUACCAGAGGGCCUUCUUAUAUUGUAUAGAUAUGGGAAUUUUUCACUGGAUUCCUCUACUCUAGAGAAGUAUAUUUGUCCCAAGCAUAGGGACAAUCUGGGGAUUUAUUGGAGAAGACAACAAAGAAGAUGCCAGUCAACAUUCCAUCCAACAAAUAGCCAUGCUAAAGUUGAAAGAGGUAUCCAGGUACAAGUUGCAAAAGAAAUAUGGAUGGAAAGUGGAGUCUAUAUUCCUAUUGGUGCAGGAAUUUGUAAUGCAUGCAGGCGGAAGCAUUUGCCAAGAUCUGAAGAAGGCAAAAAAAUCAUACAGAGAGAUAUAGAUCAGUUCAUGAGAUUUUCAGCAUGCAGCAAGACCUAUUCAUUGCCUGAAGAUUCAUUUUCGCAGACUUCAAAUGGUAAUUAA